AUUCAUUCCCCUCGUUCCGCUCGCCAGACUCGAACGCUUCUCUUCUUCUUCCUGCACGUUGCUCUUCGCCAGUGCCAGCUGCUCUCCUUCAUUUCAUCCUGGUACGCAGUUCCUGCGCGCUCGUGCCCGCGACGAAAGAGGAGAACCAGAUCGCCAAAAACAACAAAAAAAAUACAUAAAAACCAGCAACAGCAGCAGUGUUGAAUGGGCUCAAAAAGCAGCAAGCAAGCCAAGUCACCGUCGUCCAAGCCCAGCAAGCAAUCCAGCAAAAGGUCAAAGAAGAGCAAGGCGUCUGCGUCCAGUGAGAACAGCAACCUCUCGCUCGCAGACGGCGCGUCGGCAGGCGGGGCCACAACGGCAGCGUCGUCCUCGUCGGCUUCGACCUCGUCAUCCUCGUCGUCCUCGGCAGCGGCAGGUCGGCAGCAGUCCGUGCCAGUCAUCAUCACUGCGUCUUCACCCGCAGACAACGACUCGUCGCUCGCGCACUCUCCAGGCCCAGUGCGCUCGGGCAGCGUCGACCCAGCAGCAGCAGCAGCAGCGUCAUCGAAUCUCGCUCCAACACCGAGGGGAUCUGCUUCGUCUGCGCGAUCGUCAACCUCGUCCGUCUCGCCCCCACCAACGCCCAACGCAAUGUCUGCGUCACUCUCGCCGCCGCAGAAGGUGCUCUCGCGCAGCCCCAGCUCCGAGCUGCGGGCCGCUGCAGCGCGCACCAUGUCUGUGGACAGCCCGCAGCCGUUGCUCACUGCCAAAACUGCCAAUCCCAUCGCGGUCGCCAAGGAGAGCGCCCGUGCUCGCUCCCCGUCCACCGGCAACCUCAACCAUCGCAAGGUCCCAGUCAUCACUGCACCCAUCGGAGCCGCCCCCGCCAAUCCCAAGGAUGCCAAGAAGAUCAAAAAGACGCCGCUCGAUGAGUCUGGCAAAAUUAAGCUCGGCCUGCAAGCCCCGCAGAUCGACAUGUCCGACCAGGAGCUCACAGAACGCUUUAGCAACAUGAUGAACGAACUGAACGUCACCGGAGAGCACCGGGAGGCGAUGGACGCUUUGCCCAAGGAAAAGAAGUGGAUCAUGAUGCAGGCCCACACGUCGAUGCAACCCCAGACUGAAGUUGCGCGAAGCUCGGCUGAGGAAGAUGCCGCCAUGUUUGUUUCAGGCGUUCUCGACCCCGAGCGUGUCACCCACGCCCGCAUCGACAUUGAAACCAAGCCCAUCUCGUUCACCAUCACGUUUGUGGAGAGCGGUGGUCUCCAAGGCUUGAUUACCUGGAUGAAGGCCGCUGCGUUCAAUUCCUACCAGGAGGUGUCGGCCGACGUUGCGGCUGUCCAGUACGAGUGCGUUCGCUGUCUUCGAGCCAUCAUCAACGUCGAGUAUGGCUUGUCCGAGUUCACCAAGGACAACGAAGGCUUUGAAACGCUGGCCUUGUCGCUCGAUUCGAACAACCACCGCAUGGUCGCCCUCGUUCUCAAGAUGCUGGCAGCCCUGUGUCUUGUCGAGGGCGGACACAAGCGAAUUCUCGACGCCAUGGAGUACCGCUCGCGUCUUCUCAACGAGCCCCAGCGCUUCCGCGCCUUGGUUCACGCGAUGCAGACCAUCGAGAAUACCGAGUUUGUGACCGCCGCUGUGACCUUCAUCAACUCGUUUGUCAACUUCCCGGAUGAAAUGGCAGUUCGCGUGCAUCUGCGAAACGAGUUUAGCAACCACGAGGUGCUCAAGGUUCUUUCGUCCUUCAAGUCUCGUGAAGACCCCGAUCUGAUCACUCAGAUCAAGAUCUUUGAGGAAGAGUACCAUUCCGACAUUGAAGAGCUCACAGAACGCUUCAACUCGCGCGUCAACACGGAAGACGUGCAAGAAAUGUUCCGAGCCAUUCGUACGAGUAUUGUGGACACUGAGGCGUAUGAUUGGUUCCUUUCCAUCUUCCAGCAUUUCAUGCUGCUUCCUCACAGCGACCAUCGCAUGGUCGCCAAGUACUACCAACUGAUUCGCAACGUUGUUGCUCAAAUUGCCACCCAAGACCAGCGCGGGUUGGACUACGAUUUCCACUAUUCCUAUCACCUCGAUGUGCAGGCUGUCAUGCAGACCUACAUUGACAAGGACGAGUUGGAUUCGGCCAAGCGCCGCGUCACAGAGCUUGAGGCCGCCCUGCAGCGUCAUGAUUCGCUAGUUGCCGCGAAGGAGGCGGAAAUUAAGAAGCAGAUUGAUGUCUUUGACGAAAAGCGUCGCACUUACGAUUCCUUGUUGGCUGAGCGCGAUGAAACCAUCCGCGGACUGUCCUCCAAGCAGGUCGAACUCAACUCCACCAUUGCCGAGCUCAACGCGCGACCUCCUCCGGCCGCUCCGUCUGAGGAACAGCAGAUCGCCCCCAAGCGUACCAUCCCCGCCAAUCCUAUGGCUGCCGCGCUUGCAGCUGCCAUCACCUCGUCGACUGUGGGUCGAAAUGCAGAGUCUGCGUCUGAAAGCGAGGAAUCUGCAGGAACUCCUCCUCCUCCGCCGCCGCCGCCAAUGAUGGGCGGCCCUCCGCCACCACCACCACCGCCGAUGAUGGGUGGCCCUCCGCCGCCUCCAGGCCCACCCCCGCCGCCCGGUGCCCCGCCGGCUCCUGGCAUGGGCGGCAUGGGUGGCAUGGCUGCACCCGCCGGCCUGCCCGCCAAGAAGUCUGUGGCGCCCGCCGUCAAGACCAAGCAGCUGCAAUGGAUGAAGAUGCCCAACAACAAGGUCAAGGAGACGCUGUGGAGCAAUGCCGACGACGAAAAGUGGCUUGGAAAGCUCGACUUGUCCGAGAUCGAGAACGCCUUCGCUGCCAAGGUCAUUGUCAAAGAGGAGCCUACAGAGCCCGUGCUUGGUCCAAUCAAGAAGAAGGACAUUGAGCUUUUGGACGCCAAGCGUGCCUAUAACAUUUCCAUCAUGCUUGCGCGUGUGCCCUACUCGUUCCAAGAAAUCAAGACCGCUCUGAUUGCCAUGGAUGAAGAAAAGCUCAACGAGCAAAUGCUCAAGUCCUUCCUGACUUAUAUUCCGACAGCAGAAGAGUUGACCAUCUUGAACGAAUACCGCGGCAAGCCUGAAGAACUGAGCAAGGCCGAUCGCUACUUUUUGGACGUGCAGACAGUUGAUCACUUUGAAGACCGUCUCAAUGCCAUGUACUUUAAGCGACGUUUCAACGACCGAUUGGCCGAAAUCACUCCGAUUGUGAGCACCAUAUCUGCCGCCUCGCGCGAAGUGGCCGACAGUCAGAAGCUGAAGAGUCUGUUCGAGCUCAUUCUGGCACUCGGAAACCACCUCAACGGCGGAACAACGCGAGGUGGCGCUUACGGCUUCAAACUGGAAACUCUCGGCAAGCUUGGCGACACGCGCACCAACAACAACCGAUCGUUCUUGCACUUCUUUGCCGACUUGUUGACGCGCAAGUUCCCAGAGCUGCUCGAUGUUGCAAAGGAGCUGGGCUCAGUCAAGCCUGCUGCCGGCAUGGUUGUUUCCACUGUGGUGGUCGAGCUGACAGACUUGCGCCGUGGCCUCGAAGCCAUCAAGACCAAUCUCGACACGUUGCCGGAGGACGACGGGACAUCUCGCGACAAGUAUGGAGUCGUGAUGCGUGCCUUUUACGACUACGCGGCGUUGGCGAUCAAAAAGACGGAAACUGCUUCCGCGAGCAUGGACGAGCUAUACAACACGGCCGCCAAUCUGUUUGGCGAAAACCCCAAGUCCACGCAGCCCGAUGCCUUCUUCCUGUACUUUAAGCAGUUCAUCGACAGCCUGGAGCAUGCCGUCGCCGACAACGUCACGGACUCGGCCAAGCAAGCCGUGGCAGAGAAGCGAGCCAAGGAGCAGGAGGAGCUUCGUGCCAAGAUUAUGAGCAAAAAGCUGGCAAAGGAGCAAGCCGACACAAAGGGUGUCAUGGAUGGGCUGAUCGAGUCAUUGCGUACUGGAGCUUGGCGCGAGCGUCGCCAAAAAGCAGCGACCAACGUGUAGAAUUGUGGCAAUGUCUAUUGUGUAGUUUGUGCCUCUGCUCGUUCUCCUCCGCUCGCUGAUGCUAGGAGUGAUAUCUGGUCCCAUUUCGUUGUUUUCACAUUGAUUAUCUGCAUUGUUCGUUUGUUGUGACUGGAUGAAGCUUGUGGCUUCGUUUGUAUUUGGAUUUUGUUCGUUUGAUUCAUGUCUACUCCCCCUUGUUGGCGACCUACCUGUUCUUUUUGGAUGUUUGUUGCUAUAAACAUCAUUGGUCAUUCACCAAGAUCCAUG